CAACCACAGAACCACAGACGUGCGGCUCGGGGUUGGUGUUUGAGGGCGACCCGGAGUGUAAAUGGUUAAUCGUCGCGGGCCAGCACCAGUCACAAGGACGGCGCUAAGCGAGACGUGUCAAGGGUCACGGAAACCACAGAGGAACAAAAGUGGGGCUUGCUGCGACCAGAAGCAGCUAUGGCAUCUAACAGCCUCUUCAGCACAGUGACACCAUGUCAACAAAACUUCUUCUGGGAUCCCAGCGCCAGUCGGAGGUUCAGUCCGCCGUCAAAUAGCCUCCAGUCGGUCCCAGGGAAGAUGAACGAUGUGAGCUCUCCAGCGGGGCAGACGGACUCAGCUGCUGUGCCGAGACUGCGCCCCCACGAGAACCGCAGCAUGGCCGAGAUCAUCGCAGACCACCCGGCCGAGCUGGUUCGGACCGACAGCCCCAACUUUCUGUGCUCCGUCCUGCCGUCCCACUGGCGGUGCAACAAGACGCUGCCUGUCGCCUUCAAGGUGGUUGCCCUGGGAGACGUAACCGAUGGGACUGUUGUGACCGUCAUGGCGGGUAACGACGAGAACUACUCCGCCGAGCUGCGGAACGCCUCUGGUGUGAUGAAGAACCAAGUAGCGCGCUUCAACGACCUUCGCUUCGUUGGCCGCAGCGGCAGAGGCAAGAGCUUCACGCUGACAAUCACGGUAUUCACCAACCCGCCACAAGUGGCCACUUACCACCGAGCCAUAAAGGUCACCGUGGACGGACCACGUGAGCCCAGGAGUGAGUACAACGGCACGCACAUACAGUACAGACAUCGUCAGAAACUCGAGGACCCUCCAAAGACUGGGCUCUUCUCAGACCGCCUCAGUGAGCUCGAGAGGAUGAGGGUGAGGGUGGCCAUUCCCAAUCAAGGCCCCCGGCAAAUUCUCAACACAGGGCACAACUCCUUCAACCCGCAGGGACAGACGCAGAUAACAGACCCUCGUCAGUCCCAGUCCUCUCCUCCCUGGUCGUAUGAACAGACGUACCCGUCCUACCUGAGUCCCAUGGCGUCCCCCUCCAUCCACUCCACCACCCCCCUCUCCUCCAGCCGAGGCACGGGCCUGCCUGCCAUCAGUGACGUGCCUAGACGAUUGCCAGGUUCUUCUGACUUGAGCCCGUUCCCGGGUCAGUUUGAGCGCCAGUUCCCGAGCCUCUCCUCCAUCACAGAUAGUCGUUACACGGGCCCUAGGAUGCACUACCCAACCGGCUUCACCUACACCCCACCCGUCACCUCCGCCAUGUCGCUGGGCAGCGCGCACUACCAUACCUACCUUCCCCCCCCAUACCCAGGCUCCACCCAGAGCCAGAGCGGCCCCUUCCAGACCAGCAGCACGCCCUAUCUCUACUACGGCGCGUCCUCCGGCUCCUACCAGUUCUCCAUGGUUCCCGGCGGGGAUCGUUCGCCCUCCAGGAUGAUCCCGCCUUGCACUAGCGCCUCCACGGGCACCUCCCUGGUGAACCCCAACCUGCCCAGCCAGACGGAGGGAGGCGUGGACGGCGACGGGAGCCACAGUAACUCCCCGACUGUCCUCAAUCCCGGGGGCCGCAUGGAUGAAGCCGUCUGGAGGCCGUAUUGAAUAAAACCAAAGGGGGACGGAGAGGGGAAGUCAAAUGAUGUCAUGGUUUGAAAGCACAAAACCUUUAUUUUUUCAUUAAAAAGGGGAUUUUUGAGCUCUCAUCAGCUAUCUCUUCCUGGUACUUGGAAAUUAAGGUUGAGAUAAAAAAAGAAAAAGCCAGACUUGUAUGGACUCGUCUUCCUAGAAUGUGUUUUGACCAAGGCACUACAAAGGGAGUCAUUCUCACAGCAAUAAUGAGACAAGACAAUUGUGGUUUACUAGGCCCAAGUGGAUGAGACAUUCUUUAGAUUUCAUUAUAAUCCACAAGCUAAGGGAUGCUUCAACAAUAUUUGUAAAAGACUGCCUCUUUUGUAUUGUGUUUGUAUUUCAAUAAGGCUUUUUGCAGAGCAUGUUUUUGUACUACGACAAUAUCAAGAUGCAAGUUAGGCACUGAGUAGCAAGUGAUGAGAGUAACACAUAUGUUACCUCAAGUGGUAUGGACAGUAAAUUUGCUUUAAACCAUUUAAUUUAACUUGUAUAUUGUGGGUGAAACUUGGAUGUAGAUUGAGGCGUUUUCUUAGUUUUAACUUAUAAAGCCAUAAAUUAUGUAUUGUAUUUUAAACUUGAGUCAAAGAAGUGUAAUCUGAAUAUUUGUGAUGCAUCUAUAUGACUAAGUUAAAAUUAUGUUCUUUUCUUUUUGAUAAGUAAUUUAAAUAAGUGAGAGCUUUUAAUUUCUUUUGUAGUACCCAAAGAUUUAAAUCGUUUCGAAUAUGAAAUGUAAUUUCCAAAGAGUAUUGCAACAUGUUUUCUCCUGGUGUAACUUUCAGUUUAACUGCUCCACACGUUAAGAGCCCGACAUACUCGCUAGGCGUUGACACACAUUUGGCUCGGAAUGAAACCUUUGGUAUUUAUUGAGCAAUAACUCGUAUUGUGCCUCUUGGCAACAAACCAUGAUAGAGAGCUUCAAUGGGGGAACAAAUAAUUAUGCUUUAGGGGGAAUUCGUUCUGAUUUCUUUAGUUGGUCUAGUCUGACAUGCACACAGAUAAAUAUGAAUUUUCUUGUCCAAAUAAGAAAUGGUACAUUUAUACAAACUCUAUAAUGGUGCCACGCCUAAUGGUGCACUCAGCGGGUCAGACUUUAAGGUUUGCUUCUUUUACGAUACAUGAACUCCUCAGGACUGGAAUUAUCCAUAGAUCUCAAAUCAAUACAGAUUUUGUAGAUCUGCAUAUCUUUUUUUUCAUAUCCAAUGUGGCUGAAUCAUCUGUCAAGAUUAUCAGAAAAAACAUGCCAAGUCUAUUGUAGCGUUCAUAUCAUGUGCAGAAGAUAGCUUUGAAAAAGUUUGUCUUAGUGUGUGACACACACGGGUACUUUGUUUGUUUGAAUUUCUCUCUUUCAGUCUCUGAGACUGGAAGAGAAAUAUCACCGUUAAAGACAAAGAGACUGUGACAUUCCUUCAGACAUUUAUUUAUUUUCCUUAUUUUUGUUGCUUUUGUUGACAUGGUUUACCUAACCGAUUUCUCCUCACUUAUCCGAGUCACAAUCUAAAAUCAUUCUGUGGCAACAGUUUGAGGCAGAGGUCUGAUAUUUUCCAUUUAAAAUGAAUAUGUGAGAUUUUUAAAUAAAAUAAGUGUUGGGGUUAAAGGAAAAAAAAGUGCCGAAACCGAGAUGAUUGGAUGCAGCUGCUGGCAGCAAACUGGUAACCAAAAAAUAUGGGAGACUUGUGUAUGUUUGUUUCAUAAAGCACUUAUUUCUUGUUUUAUUUUCUAGCAGCACUUGCGGCAGGCUGCCAGCAGGGCUCGUGGUUUUGGUCCUCAGUGCAGAUAUAACACCAGUGGAGUCACACAUACACACACACACACGCACACUCAAAAUGGAUAACACUUGGCCAAACAAGCCAUUGGAGUUGAAUCUGAUCUCACUAGGCAGUUGGUUUUUUUUUUUGAAAAAAAGCGUUUUUCUUGCUUUCAUACAAUAUGAUAUUCAGUGCAUGAAGGUAAUAUAAUAACCCAAUUUGAAAAAGCUGAGAAAAACAUGGCCCUGUCCAAGGAUCAGACUUCAAGCUUUUCAUUGAAGGUUUGCACGCAGCGCCUGUUUUCCAGUCUCUGCCGAGGAUGUUCUGAACUCACUUAAUGGAAUUGAACAUGUCAAACUACAUUUCCCCAACUGCUCCAGCCCAAAUGAAAAAUCAUUUUGCUGUUACAGUGUAACACGAGAAAGCAAACAUUUUAGAUUGUUGUGAUUUUAAAGCUUUUUUCCAAUACAAAUUUGGUUAAUGUAUCCAUAGUAACUAUGCACAUAUGUUGGACCUUUUUUUAAUCAGCUUUUUUCUUUCCAAACUUUGGGCAGGAAAUGGUCUUUUAAAAACUGUUUACACAUCAAUGCAGCACUGACAUCCCAGUUUGUUCUUAUCUGCUUUUGUUAGUGUUGUGUUAUGUUUCAUCAGAACACAAGAGGUUUGUCAUUUUUCUUUCUUUUGGUUAAAUGUUGUAUACAAACUGUCAUCAAAAACCUUGUAUUAUUUAAUGAUCCACAUGUAUGAUAUCCAGGAACCAUACCUUACCCUGCUCUUAUGUUACGUUUACUUGUUAUGUAUAUUGUUAUGCUUCUUCUCUCAUGAACACUUGUCAGGAAACUAAAGCUAAUGGAGACCCCAUUAGAUGUUGCUGGUAGCCUACGUUUCACAAACAUCAAGUACGUUUUUUUUAAAGGGACACACAGACCUGACAACAUUGAGUGAAAUUGGCAUUGUGAUUGUACAUGUUGUUUAUUUUAAGAAUAAAAUAGGAAUUUUGUAACUUAA